AUGGCGGCAGUCUCCCCCGCGGCCGCCUGUUCCGCCGUUUCUUCGAGGGUGGCCUCUCUCCCUUCUUCCUCUCCCCCCUCCAAGUCCCUCCUCUCUCUCCGGUCCCUUUUCGUCUCCCUCCCCACCCAACACCUCCGCCUGCGGCGCCGGCCGCUAGGAAGAGGAGGAUAUGAUGUCACCGGCGGCGCGGCGCCCCGCGGGGCCUCCGUGGUGUCCAUGAGCCUGGAGGCUGGCAUCGGCGUGAUGGGCACGAAGCUUGGGAUGAUGACCUACUUUGAGCCCGAGGGCGCGGCCGUUCCCGUCACCGUCGUCGGCUUCCGUGAGGGCAACAUCGUGACCCAGGUUAAGACGACGGCCACCGACGGGUACGAGGCCGUCCAGCUAGGUUACCGGCGCGUGCGGGACAAGAAGCUCACCAAGCCCGAGCUCGGCCACCUGGAGAAGGCCGGAGCCAUCCCCAUGAGGCAUCUCCAGGAGUUCCGGCUCCAGUCCGUGGAUGGGUUCGAGCCGGGGCAGCGGCUGGAUCUGGAGGAGAUCUUCAAAGAGGGUGACCUGGUUGACGUUUCCGGUACCUCCAUUGGCAAGGGAUUCCAAGGUAAUCAACCUUACAUUGCACUUGUCUCCUUCACGGGAUUUAUUUUCCCCGAAUCUCUCUUGUCUGUCACCUUCACUGCAUUUUCGACGGUUUACUCGAGCUUCUUCAAUCGAUUGGAUUUUAAUGGCAUUAGAACCUUUGCUCCUUCAUGGAUGGGGGGUGGGUUGUUCCCAUUGAUGGAUGAGAUCAGAUUUCAACACAAUGAGAGGUAACAGAAAUGUGGGCGGAUUUCGACUGUUACAGUGAUUUCAGUGGUUCUUGUCGCUAAUUUUUGCUUUUGAUAAAGAAGUUGGGAUUCUUGGUGGGUUCUAAGGGCAUCUGUCUGUAUCAAUCCCUUGUUUUCCUGAUCUAUCCGGCCGGAAAAGUAACAGAAUGGUAGGGGCGUUGCCGACGGAAGGCCACCAUUUGCGCAAAUUCAGUGGACUCCCUUGUCAUUACUGAUAUGGUGUGCCCAUAGGUGGGUAGUUUAAUCUCUUUGCUUCCAAUACUGUGCUGCCAUUUUCGACCUGGUGGCUCCAUCCAUGGUGCGUUGUGACCUUGUUAGGUUGGGGGGACAAAAUAAAUGAGUCCAGAUCCUUUGUGGGUAGAGUAGGGUAGGGCAGGGCAGGGCAGGGCAGGGUAAGGUAGUAGUUUGGAUCUUUUUUCCAUCUGCCUGAUCAGAUCUCUGUGACCAAAUCUGUGGAACACGCGUGGCUUUCACGGAUCAUUCCGGCUGAGGGAUCAUCCCUGUUCUCUCUAGAAUGGCAUGCGCAUCCCCUGUUCUCAACCUCUCUUGUGCAUUAAUUAAUUAAUGAGAACAGUCCCGUGUUAAGAAGGUUAUUAAGGAACCGGUGAACUGAUGACGAAAGAAGCUGCCUUCUCUCGCGGGGGGGAUAUUCAGAGAUGGGGAGCUUGUCCAGGGGAUGGAUGGAUGGGGUCAUCCUUGGCCUUGGCCUUCCUUCUUGAUGCCCUGGAUGGGGUCAACCUUCACAAGCCCCCCCCUCUUCUUAUCUUGAGGAAGCGUCGCCUGAAGGUGUUUGUGGCAACACCAUCCUCAUCGUCCCCAAGGACGAUGCGUACCUUAUUUUGCAGGAGUGGGUGGGGGGAGGAAGCUUUUCUUUGAGACUCUUUCCCCGACGCUGAUGGCGACGAUGAUGCGAAAAGAUUUGAUAUUUUUUUCUUGUUUUGUUUUCCGGGUGUCUGAAAUGGUGCGCGCUGGUGGUGGCUGUGGAUCACAGGUGGGAUCAAGAGGCACAACUUCAAGCGGGGACCGAUGACCCACGGGUCGAAGAGCCACCGGGCGCUGGGCUCGAUCGGGGCCGGCACCACCCCGGGGCGCGUGUACAAGGGGAAGAAGAUGCCCGGGCGGAUGGGAGGGACCAAGACCAAGAUCCGGAAGCUGAAGAUCGUCAAGAUCGACAGCGACCUCCGGGUGCUGAUAAUCAAGGGCGCUGUCCCCGGCAAGCCUGGGAACCUCCUCCGCAUCGCCCCCGCCAAGAUCGUCGGCGUCAACAUCCCCAAGAACUAG